AUGGAGACAAGCGCGCAACAAGAUAACAUGAUCAAAGACACCACAGACUCAGACGUGACGGACAAAGCCACUACAAAGAAAGUCAACAUGACAGAAGAGACCACUGCCAAGAUCACAAAUGACGGCACUUUGACCGUCGACAAGGAGAAACUGGCCCAUGAUGCUUUCAAAACUCUGCUUAAUACCCUUAAGCAAAAGUCCAGAUUACACAAAGAGCGGUGCCCAGCCUUGGUAGCUGCCUUGACAGCAAGGAAAGCCGCAUGGCUAGCAGUCGAACAGCAUAAGCUCGUCGCCCGUUUGGAUCUCCAAGUCAUCGACCUCGACAGACUGCAAUCGCUUGACGAUCAUACCAGGUUCAUGGCUCUCGACACGACCUUCAUCAAACGUAGAACAGAGUUCCACGUCCUCAUGAGAGGGGAAGUUGAACUCCUUGAUGAGAUGAUCAAACUUCAGAUGGUAAUCCGAAGAGACCAUUCCGAUCGACUGGAGCAGCUAGAUGCUAGAGUGAAGGAGGAAUUCGAAAGCAAUGAAGCGUACUUCCUGAGCUUCCAAAGACGUAUGUCCAGGGCCAUAAGAAUAAUGAUGACAGAAAAGAGAUACCAUUAA